GGUCAUGCAGGCGUAGACGUACUCUCUUGUGGCGCUUUGAUAAACUAUAUAAAGAGUGAAUAUCUUCCUUUACUGACAGUCAUCAGCUGGUUGUUCUUCUCUGUGUCAGCCAAUCAUCACCUCAGAAAAGUAUGUCGACUUUGUUUAACGUCUUUCCACAGAUGGCAUCAGGCUUUCCGUUUGCUUUGUUGCUCUGUUUGUCCAUCGGACUGUUGGCUCCAUCUUGUUAUGGACAAACCUCCAGCCCAGGAACUGUCCCACCAGGGAGUGGAGAAACAACAGACCCCUCAUCCUCCUCUUCGGAUUUGAGACAAGGUCCCUGCCCUCCUGGUUGGACUCAGUUCGGCUCUCGCUGUUUCAGUUUCAACUACCAUGCAAAGAGUUGGGUCAAUGCAGAGACCUUCUGCAAGGCCGCCGGUGGGAAUCUGGCUUCAGUCCACUCAGAAGAGGAAUAUGAAUUCCUCAGAACCUUCAUUCACCAAGUGACCGGUGAAAACAAAGUUGCCUGGAUCGGAGGCUUUGACUCAGUGCAGGAGAAGGAGUGGAUGUGGUCUGAUGGAUCCCCAUCUCGACUCGCUACUGUGAACUUAACUCAGCCUGACAACGAAGGUGGACGUGAGCACUGUCUUGAGAUGAACUAUCACGACAAAUGGAACGAUUACGUGUGUGAAAAGAAACGUCAUUUCCUGUGCUCCAUGAACCUGUGAGGCCUCCCGCCAUCAUGAUCUCACUACAGCUCAUCUAUAAUCUCUGUCACUGAUUCACUUUCAGUUUGUUGUGCAGACAGAAACAGCUCUCCUCA